AUGAAGAAGUCCAAGAAGACGAAAGGGGGCUCUUCGGAAAAAGAAUUAAAAGACGACCUACAUCAAGCACUCAUUGGUCCUUCCUCAACUGUUGAAAAGGUGUCUCCAGUCUUGACAUCAGUUUCUGAUACUCCAGUUACUCACCAAGGGGUUACAGUUCGUGAAGUUUCAGCUCCUGUGUCUCCAUCUUCGAAAAAGAGAAGGGCUGAAGAAAUGGCAAAGUUCUUGAAGAAACCUAAACCUGUCGAAGAUGAAGAACUUGUGCCUGAAACUCCUGAAGCUGAUAUUCCAAAAGAAGUAGAAAUAUUUCAAUAUACUGAGAUUUCGAAACCUGCUGACGUCAAGAUUCUAGAAUCAACGACUCUAUCACAGGCUACUUCUACCAUCGAUUCUCAUACAUUCCAAUCUAUCAUGAAUCAACCCUUCACCACAAUUUUUUCAACACAGUCUACUGAACCACCACAAUCUUUAUCACCUAUUGCUGAAACAAUGGCAAUUGAUGAAGAAACUGACAACGAAGGGUUUGGGGGAACUUUCGAAGAUCUUUCUUUUGAUAAAUCAGAAGAAGAUUUCCCGAACCAUAUGAUAAUGACGAUGAAGCAGUUCAAGAUUUUGAAUUCCAAAUUGAAUUCAAUCUUACAAUCUCAAGCAGAUGUCGGAAAUGCUGGAGUCAAUCUUUUGCAAGUUGAUUCAUUAAUGAAAGAGAUGGAAAACAGGUUGCUAUCGAAGAAUUCAGGGCUCAUUCGUGAUUCAGAAAGCCGAAUUUUAGAAAAAAUUGAUCAGUCUGAUAGUUCUACUGAGAAUAGAAUCAAGUUUCUAAGAACUGAUUUCUUGAAGGAAAUUAAAUAUUUGAGGAUGGUUACGAAGGAGCGUUAUGUGCUCUUCGUACAGGAGGUGAAGAAGGUUAGAGAAGAUGUGAAUAUGCAAAUUAGAGAACUUCAUGAAGAAAUGAAGAAAGAAGUUCAAACUCUUAACCAGGGGUAUGAUUCUGCACAUCAGAAGAUUGACAUUAUUUGUGAUGUUGUUGUUCAGUGUGUCAAGAGGUUUGAACCGCUCAAAUCACAGAUGACUUCUCUGUCAGCAACUGAAGUUCAACAUUUCGGAGAAUUAGUGAAUCUAAUGAAGGAACUCAAAGAUAUCUCUUUGAAAUCCUCUACUUCGAUUAUCUCUCAAGAGUAUCUAUCUCAUAAAUUUCUUCAUUUCGAAGCCAUUCUUCAAAAGCAUCUUACUCCACUACUUCGAAUCUCAAGCCUAUUGCCAAGUAUAUCAGAUGCCCCACCUGCUGUCACAGGGGUGCAAGGGGGAGAUAAGAAUGUUCAAGCAAAGGCUGGGGAGCAUGAGAUGAAACCAGAAGAUUCGAAGGCUCCAGUCAAACCAACAAUUGUUUUAGCCGCUCCAGUCAUUUCGACUGUGACUACAACGAUUCCAAUUUCAAGACCUAGUACAAAAGGUAUUGUAAUUGGGAAUGUUGUUUCUUCGAAUGUUUCUUCUUCAAAGGGUGUUGCUCCUUCAAAUGAGAAAGACAAAGGAAAAGGAAUCUUGAUUGGGAAGACAAACAAAGAAAAGAAAGCUGAGGUGGCAGCUGAAAUAGAAAGAAUGAGGCAUGUGGAAAGUAUUAUGCAACAAAGAGCUCUUGAAGGUUCGAAUGUCAACAAGGGAGAUCCUUCGAAAAUUUUUAACUAUGAAAUUAUCGAAUCAAGAGUGAUGUUUGACCAUAUGUAUUCCUUUGAGAAGAUUCCUAAGAAGAGUUAUGUGGUGACAAACACUGAUUAUGGGCAACUCGACUUUCCAAUUAAUGAGUUGAUGUUCAUCAUGCCACAGUUUAAAGCAGAGUCAAAGAAUAUGGAUGUCGAAGAAGGAAAAAAGAUGAAAAUUCAAUUUCAUGCCGUGUUAGCUAAAGCUCAAGAAGAAGUCUGGUAUUCAGAGAAGAUUAAGAAGGUGAUAUCCAUAAAAACGGAUGUCUUAUUCGAAGGAAAGUUUGAGAACUUGAAGUAUAUUGUAUCAAGAGCAAGUGGAAAGAUACAAGAGUUCACCAUAGCUGACUUUCUGUUGAUGAACACUUACGAUCUCAUCAAUACUGCGUUGAUUCUCAAAGACAAGUCCUUUUCUUAUCUUCAAGAAACAGAACCUGAUGUCUUCAGUCUUGGGUGUAGGCAUAUAAAAGUUUUCUUAGAAAAUUAUUUCGAAUGCCUAGCUCAAACUGAUAUCGAGCUUGUUACUGUCAAAGGCAUUGACAUCAUUGUUCCGAUGGCUCCUACAAAGAAGCAGGUGGAAUUGAAGAAAUUCAAAUACAGUGAAAUUUGUUUAAAGCCUUUGGGGAUAGUCUUCGCUGGAAAAGACAAAUCUGGAAAGGCCAAGAGAUUCCUGUUUCAAACUUCUGAAGUAGAAAGAUAUACUAAUUCGCAAUAUACGAACUUCAUUGUUCAUAUGAAUCAUUGCAAGAAAAAUUCAGAAGGAGACAAGAAAGAGAUAAAGAAAGUAUCUCUUGGUACAUGGAAAUUCGAAGGGUACUGA